GCAUGCAGCUGGUUUUUAAUGGAUGUUUUUUUUUUUUUUACUUGCAUUGUUUGACUCUCCAUAAAUCAUUGCAAUAAGUUUGUUGCUUUUUUUCUUUAACCGGGAGGCUAACUGACGUUGGCUUCCCAACCUAUCCGCAACAAUGACCACCAUAGUCCACGACACUACGGAGGCAGUGUGCCUCUCCACUGACUACAGCCUGUACCUCAAGCCCAUCGCCAAAAUGACCGUCAGCGUGGCUUUGCCUCAGCUCAAGCUGCCAGGCAAGAGCAUCUCCAACUGGGAGGUGAUGGAGAGGGUCAAGGCCAUGGUAGCUCCAGAGCAGUUUGCAGCCCUGCGAAUCUCCAAGAGCACCAUGGACUUCAUCCGCUUCGAAGGGGAGGUGGAAAACAAGACGGUGGUGAAGAGCCUGCUGAGUCGCCUGGAUGGGAAGAGCAUCAAACUCAGUGGAUUUACUGAUGUGCUGAAGGUACGUGCAGUAGAGAAUAAAGUGGACUUCCCUACUCGUCACGACUGGGACUCAUUUUUCCGUGACGCCAAGGACAUGAACGAGACCCUGCCAGGAGAGAGGCCUGACACCAUCCACCUGGAAGGACUUCCUUGUCGCUGGUUCAGUCAGAAGGACAGCCUGUUCCCUGACCGGCCCUCAGAAGAAGUUCUUAUUGCUGUUUUCCAGACAUUUGGCAAGGUGCGAAAUGUUGACAUCCCCAUGCUGGACCCAUACAGGGAGGAGAUGCUGGACAAGAACUUCAGUACAUUCAGCUUCGGUGGUCAUCUGAACUUCGAGGCUUAUGUCCAGUAUCAGGAAUACUGCGGCUUCACGAAGGCCAUGGACACUCUGCGCAGCAUGAAGCUGAUGCUGAAAGGAGACGAUGGAAAGGCAGUGGCCUGUAACAUCAAGGUGACCUUUGACACCAGCAAGCAUCUCAGUGAGUCAGCUCUGAAGAGGAGAAGCCUGGAGAGGCAGAAGCUACAGGAGCUGGAGAGGCAGAGAGAAGAGCAGAAACGUCGGGAGAAGGAAGAGGAGGAGCGGCGUAAGGAGGAGGAGAGGAAACAGAAGGAGCAGGAAGAGGAGGAGAAGGAGAGGAAGAAGGAGGAGAGGAUACGGAAACGAGAGCAGAAGCUACGUGAGCGGGAGGAGAGGAGGAAUCUGAAGAAGGUGAGGCGGCAACAGGAGGAGGAGCAGAAGAAGCUGCAGAUGAAGAUCGCCAUGGAGGAGAGGAGGCUCCUUCUGGCUCAGCGCAACCUGGAGUCGAUCCGGCUCAUUGCUGAGCUGUUGGCCAGGGCCAAGGCGCUGAAGCAGCAGCAGCAGGAGAAAGAGAGGGCUGAACGCGAGGAGAAGGAGAGGCAGGAGCAGGCUCGACAGAAGGAGGAAUUAGCCCGUCUUCAGCAGCUGGAGGCCUGUCGACGCAAACAGGAGGAGGAGUUGCGAAGGGUGGAGGUGGAGAAGGAGCGAGCACUAGAGCUGCAACGUAGAGAGAAGGAGCUGCGCGAGAGGCUGCUUUGCAACCUGUUGAAGAAGAGCUGCGGGAAAACGGCAGGACCUGCCGGCACGCAGGACCAAGAAGUCCCUGAGACAAGUGAAGGGACGUCUGAUCCUGGUGAUGUGAUGGUUGGGGUCCUGGGUUUGGUGAACGGAGGAAAAGCUGCUGAGAGCAAAGAAAAACAAGCGUCCAAAUCCAGCGUGCACUCCCAUGCUUUGGGGAAAAACAAAGCAACGGAGGAGAGGAGAGGAGGGGAGGACAGGAAAAAAGACAGAGAAGGAAGGAGGGAAGAGGUGCUAAGGAGCAGGCAGAGUAGGGAGCAAGCGAGGGGCCACCCCCACAGAGAAAGGAGCUCAUACAGUCGGGGCAGGAGGAGGCGCUCCCACAGCUACAGCAGGAGGAGAAGGAGCUCCAGCCGCCGAAGGAGGAGCUCCAGUCGUCAAAGGAGGAGCCACAGUCAUCAUCACGGCGGCAGGAGGCGCAGCCACAGCCACUGCAGCCGGAGCACAUGCUCCAGCAGAGAUAGGAGCCGGAGCAGCAGUGGGAGGAGUUACAGCGGAGGGAGGAGCCACAGGCGUAGCCACCGCCGAGGCAGCAGAGGCAGCUCAAAGAGCAGCAACAAAAGUAGAGACCGGAGGAGUCACAGUCACUACAGUCGAAGAUACAGGAGACACAGCAACUGUAGAGAUAGAAGCCACUCCAGGCGACGCUGAACUCAUCACUGUAAUGAUUUUAUUGACUGAUUUAUUCACAAUUUUGGGACUUACAGCUAGAGUCUAACAACUUUCAGAGACAGGAUAGAUAUUUUUGGUCCCUUAGUUAAGUAACGCUCCUACUGGCUUUUUUCUGAACAGGGCUGCUUGGCAUAAAACAAGAAAUCUUACAUCGAAAAACUCGACUACAAAAAAAAAAAAGUCAAGUCCAAGCAAUAAAUUCAUGAAGCGUACCACAUAUUUGAACCAUGUUAAGUCGAUUCUGCAGCGAUGCGCUUAUCUCUUUAGUCAUUUAUUUCCCCAGCAGCUCAUAUUUUGGAUUAACGUUACUCGCGCAUAAGAAAUUCCAAAUAUUUAGAAUAUUUACAUUGAACAAGGUCAUGGCUUAAAAAGGAAACUUUACUGUGUGGUUUGGUUUUAAGAGAACAUUCUUAUUAUUAUUCUUCUGUCAGUGAAAAUGAUUUUAAAAAGAGACUAUUUAAAUGUGGUUCAUUAUGUAGCUGUUGGUAUUCAUCAUACUAAAAGAUGAGAACAGUGAUUUGGCAAAUUUAAAUUUGAAAAGAAUAAUCUCGGCCCGUGGUUCGUAGACUGACACACCAGUCUAACCUUUCCUGAAACAUAAAACCCACUGAUGACCUCUUAUUGUUGUCUAUGAAGGGCCACAGGAAGCUUGAAUACAAACUGUGUCUGGUUUUCUUCUCAGCCUUUCAUCCACAUCUGUAGCCUAACUAUGGAAAACAUAAGAGGCUCCUGUAUGAAGUUGUCGGCAUGAGGUUUCAAACACUUUGUUUUCUGACGAGCAUGUGAUCUACAUCUUAUGGCUGCUGUAGUUGUGGCAGAUGUUUAAGAGAACCGUUGUGAAUGACUGCUGCUCCAUUACAACUGUGAAUUUUCCGCAGACUAUUGUAAGAAUCCCUCCGUUUUAAAGCUGUCAGGCACACCGACUGAUUUCAUUGUCAUGUUUUAGCUGCCUAGCUGUGUCAGUAUUUAGGUUUUUAUUGAGCUCUACAACAAAGGACUUGUCGUGACUGAGCGGCUGCAUUCGUAAUGAUCACAUAGUUUUAGUUGAGACGUUUUGAUUUUGGAGUGAUUGGAGGAAUUGUUUUGUUCGGAAGGAAAGCAUGACUUGAUGUUUUGGAAGCAUACUGAUGUAUUAAACUCAUCCCAGCGCUCCCUCUCUGCUUGGUUAUAUGUCAGUCUUGAAUAAAAGUGAUGGAUUUGAGGCCUUAAA